AUGGCAGAUGUGCCGGAAGAAGACACGCCCUUGCGCACCGAGGAUGACGACUCCGAAUCCGACAGUGGCAGCGGCAGCGACAGCGGCAGCGAUGCAGAACAGCCAGAAGUCGAAUGGUUAGCAACUUCAAGAGCAAAGCGUUCCACUGCCGGAAAUCGAUUAAAUGCGCUCCUCCAACAAGAAGAGCCCGAUGACGAACUCGAGCUUCUGUUCGCAGAGGACGAUGAAGAUGAGGUCUUUGAAGAUGCCGAAGCAGAUCAGUCAGAUGUGCAGAUGGACUCAUCCUCCGACGACGAGGACCAAGGACCUGCGGCAGGAGCAGAUGAUUUAGACGGCGAGAAGGAAAUACAACGCCAAGCUAAAGUGGAACGCCAGGCUAAGAGGCGCAAGUUGAAUGAUGGUAUUCCCAAAGUCAAGAGGAGAGUCAGAAUCGACCCCACAGUAAACGAGCCAGCUCCUCGACCCAAGAAAAAGUCAGAACGCGCAUCAUGGAUUCCUACGGCUGAAGACGCUCCCACGCGAGCAUCUGCGAGAGGGACUACGAAACAAAGCAAGCAGCAAUUACACCAGCAAAUGCUGGAGAGGGAGAUUAAACGGUUGAAGCAGGUCGCAAGUAUGGAGAGGGCCGCUGCGGCAAAAGAGGCUGCUAAGAAGCCUGCCCUGACACAGGAGGAUCGACUGAAGGAGGCCGCGAGGGUGGAGAAGAGUAAUUCCAGGAGUCUCAGUAAAUGGGAAGAGACCGAACAGGCCAGGGAGGAGGAGCAGAGGCUAAGGUUAGCCGCGCUGCAUAACAGAACACUGGAGGGCCCGGUUAUAACUUGGUGGAGUGGAUUUGCUGAAUACGUUGGUGGAAAAUUAAAGAAAGUUGGAACAAUGCUCACAGUCACCGAGAAGGAGAAGGCAGGAAGGAAGAGGAAGGCCACAGAGAUGGAGGCAGAUGCAGCAAAGGCAGGCGAGGCUUCGAAGGAAAAAGCGAAUUCUCAGGGGCCACAAGAUACAGUAAUUGGUGAUUCUAAAGCACCUCCAACUCUAGACUCAACCACAGACGAAAAGCCUCCGACAGAUGCUACUCUCAGUGCCGCAUCACCUGCCCCUGAGCAAGAAAAGAAAACCGCCAGCGCAUCACCACAAGUUGAAGCAGCCCCAAUACAAGCAUCGCCCGAACCACCAAAACCAUUACCCAUGCUUGCCCCGCCAGUGGGAUUCUCAGUACCAACCCAGCCUCCAGCAUCUUCCGUUCUGGCACCUCCUCCUAUCAAUCGUCCACCGGUGUUUACUCCUCCACCCCAAGCAAACGGUCAGCCCCUACACCCCGCAUUCACGCUUGCCCCUCCCGCACAGCCCACUCUCGAUGGCUCAGCACCCUUACCAGGUUUUGGAUAUAACUUCAUGACAAACUACCCACCCAACCUCCCGACUUCCCAAAUCCCCUUUGGAAUCCAUCCCCAUGCACAGCCAGACGUCCCGCCACCACCACCCACCAUCGAACACUCCAACCGGAAUUACCUAAUCCUCACCAACUUUGAUGAAAACGCCAUUAAAGAAAAGGACGUCCAGACACAAAUCCUCUUCAACAGAAAAUUCCUCAAGCUACGGAAAACCAAACCUCCCCCCGAGCUCUGUGCCAUAACAUCCUACCCGGCCAAAUACCGUGACCCCGCCACAGGCCUACCGUACUGCAGCGCCUUUGCCUACAAAGAGAUCCAGCGGCUGCAAAAGGGAGAUUAUAAGUGGAGCAAACUCGUAGGCGCGUAUGUAGGGAGCGGCACCUAUGCAGCGAGGGGCGUGCCGGCGCGGUUUACUAACCCUGCGCAUGUAUCGACGCCACAACCAUAA